GAGACAGCAGUGCGUUACGUCAAAACACCACACCAUAUUCUUCCUUCUUUCUGCUUUCUUCUCUCAAACAAAAGGCCGGUCAGGUCUUUCCUUGAUAUUUCACACGCUAAAACAGCAACCACAACUACAACAACAACGACCUUAGCUCUUUGCCCUUCACCUUUAGCUAGCCGCCCUCUGUCACUUUUAAGGUUGGGAUUUCUGUCAAGUUCUUGGAUGCUGUUCGAUUCUUUUGAGGGGUUGCUAGAUGUUGGAGUUAACUGUUUGAAACACUUUUUGGUAGGCUUUAAAUAAAGUGCUCAGCUGUAUUAUCUAUCAGGGAUUCAGGAAUCAUGUUGAUUCAGGCAACUCAGCCGUGAAGACUUUGGUCAAAUUUUGCAGUGGCGUUGAAGAAAUAGAACUUAGCAAUUAGAAAGUCUCUUGGAGUCAUCUCCUUUAUUGCCUGGAUAUGCACCAGCUUUGUUAAUUUUUUGUUUGGAUAAAGGGAAUUCAAUAUGCGGGUUUUUUUUUUUCCUGUGAUUGUUGAGUACUAGAUUGUUCUGUUGAGACCAAUUCACACCUUUGAAUCAAGUUUAUUGGGGUUUAUCUUGGUAAUCAUGCAUCAUUGGUUGCUGUGUUGAGUAUGGACAACAUUGAUUGAAGUAAUUAAGGCUUCUGGAGUUGAUUUUGCAUAUUUCUCUUUUGGCACUUGGAGGUGAUUCGCAGAAUAAGUGCUGCUUCAUUUAUAAUUUAGUUUUUAUGGAAGUUGAGUGCAUUAAUUUACCGAGAAUGGCUGCUUCUAUGUUUAGUCUACUGCUGUUUAUGCAAUUAUCAAGAUUCUUUGCCUCUGGGCUUGAAGUAAAGUCGAAGAUUUGUGGUGCAGAUCACAUUGCUUAUUCAAAUUUGUAUGGUCAUGAAUUGCUUUAUUUGAAUGGGAAUUUAGUAGAUAAAGUUUUGUUCUGUAAGGCCCUACGGUUGCACUAUGCCGAUGAUUGUGUGUUUGAAGGCUAUACUGGAACUGAUUACUGUGGUUUGGACCUUUCAUUAGGAGGAGGAAGAGAGUUAUUGCAGGAGACACUGAAGGAACAUGAUAAAUCUGCUCAGAAGCCAAAGGAUAAGAAUAAAAAAGGGUAUUCGGUCAAAACCAAAGUAGGGAUGGUAGCAGCUGGAAUUUUUUUGACAUGCUGCGUUUUUAUGUGCCCCUGUUUUUAUAGGAAAAAGAGAGCAACUGCCCACACUGUUCUUGAAAAGGAUCCAAAUUCAAUGGAUUCAGCUUCCGCUUUGGAAAUGAGUGUUCAUUCUCCUCCUGCAAAGGUUCCAGCCAGCCCACUCAGGGUACCACCUAGUCCUUCCAGAUUCUCAAUGUCUCCAAAACUUAGUAGAAUUGGGUCAGUGCAUCUUAAUAUGACACAGGUGGCCAGAGCUACCUGCAAUUUCUCAUCAGCGCUACAGAUAGGUGAAGGAGGGUUUGGAACUGUCUACAAGGCCCAGCUAGAUUCUGGCCAGGUGGUUGCCAUUAAACGAGCAAAGAAAGAACAUUUUGAGAAUCUGCGAACUGAGUUCAGCAGUGAAGUAGAACUUCUAGCCAAGAUUGACCAUAGGAGCCUUGUGAAGCUACUUGGUUAUGUCGAUAAAGGAAAUGAACGGCUUAUUAUUACAGAAUAUGUACCGAAUGGUACUCUGAGAGAUCAUUUGGAUGGUCAGCGUGGCAGAAUCCUGGAUUUCAAUCAGCGGCUUGAAAUUGCCAUUGAUGUUGCACAUGGCCUUACUUAUCUCCAUCUCUAUGCAGAGAAGCCAAUUAUUCACCGAGACGUGAAGUCAUCCAACAUUCUUCUGACAGAAAGCAUGAGAGCUAAAGUGGCUGAUUUUGGAUUUGCAAGACUUGGCCCAAUGGACUCGGACCAAACACAUAUUUCAACCAAAGUGAAAGGAACAGUCGGUUACCUUGACCCUGAGUACAUGAAAACCUAUCAACUCACACCCAAGAGUGAUGUGUACUCAUUCGGGAUUUUACUUGUAGAAAUUUUAACUGGCCGCCGUCCUGUGGAGUUAAGGAGACCGGUUGAAGAGCGUGUGACACUUAGAUGGGCAUUCCGUAAGUAUAAUGACGGACAUGUAGUGGAAUUGGUGGAUCCUGCAAUGGGAGAAGUUGUAGAUGCAGAGAUACUAGUGAAGAUAUUUGCUUUGGCAUUUCAAUGUGCAGCACCCGUAAGAAAUGACCGACCGGACAUGAAAUCUGUGGCUGAACAGUUAUGGGCGAUAAGGGCUGACUACCUUAAGGGUUCAAGGCAAAGGUAGCACAAGAGAUUGAAGAGUAGUCUCCUCUUCCCUUUAAAUUUUUUCCUUCCUUUCUUGUUUGUUUUGUGUUUUUCCUUGCUGCUUCUUGCUGUUCACUUUCUUUUCUUUUGUUUUCCACCCUCUUUUCAAGCUUACUGUAAAACCGAAAUUGGUGUAAACCAAAAGAUGUUGUGCGCUUUUGCCUUGUUCUAUUGCUUCGAGUUUCUGACAGUGUCAUUGUGGCAAAGCGUCAAGAGUAAAUAUGAAGAGCAUAUAUACUUCAAUUAUAUUUGAUUUCAUUUUGUUUCA